GCACCUCCUCCUUCCCUCAGCUCGACACAAUGCGGGACGAGUGUUCUUUGAUUCGGCUGUGAAACGACACGAGCCAGGGACUGUAUGAAAGCUGUAAACUUUGGAGCAUUUAAUGAUCUGAAUAAGAAAACUGAAGAGUCUGAGUUAUUCCGGUGUAGUGCGAAAUUCGGCUCGCCUGUGUCGGUGCGUUGCGGGCGCAUCCAGGCCUACCUGUGCGGACUUGUCGCGCACCCCAAGGUGSUGGAGCGAAGCCCACGUAGGCACACGCCUUUCCGCCCUGCCUCUCUCUCUCUCUCUCUCUUUCUCUCUCCUUCACGGAUAAAGCCUCACUCUACAAUGUCGGCAAAUGAGCGAGUGAUCCGAGUCCUGAAAGAGAUCCUGCAGAAAUCUGGAAACAGCGUGUGCGCAGACUGCGGCGCGAAGGGACCUGAGUGGGGAUCAUGCUCCCUGGGGGUGUUCAUCUGCCUGGAUUGCUCUGGAAUCCACCGUAAUUUCCCAGACAUCAGCAAAGUCAAGUCAGUGAGACUGUCCCACUGGGAAGACCAUGAGAUGCAGUUCAUGGCUGAGAAUGGCAACGAGCUAAUGAAGAAGAAGUAUGAGGCUCAUGUUCCAGUCUACUACUACAAACCUACUCACAAAGACUGCCAAGUUCUCAGGGAGCAGUGGAUUAGAGCCAAGUAUGAGAGAAAAGAGUUUUCCGAGCCGGAAAAAGUCCCGGUUUACGAAGAAGGAGGUAGAGAUGGCAUGUUGAUGAAGAGAGGGCGGGACAACGGACAGUUCCUGAGCAGGCGAUUUGUCCUUUCCGAGAGAGAGGGAACGCUAAAAUAUUUCACAAAAUAUGACGCUAAAGAGCCCAAAGCAGUGAUCAAGGUGGACACCAUAAAUGCAACAUUCCAGCCAAAGAAGAUCGGAAACCCCAACGGUCUGCAGAUCACCUACCUCAAAGACUACAGCACACGUAACAUCUUUGUCUAYCAUGACAAUGGCAAGGAGAUUGUAGACUGGUUUAAUUCAAUUCGGGCAGUUCAGCUUCACUACCUAAAGGUGGCUUUCCCUGGGGCAAGUGAUGCUGAGCUAGUACCCAGGCUCACUCGGAACUUUCUCAAGGAAGGAUACAUGGAAAAAACAGGUCCCAGACAAACAGAAGGGUUCAAGAAACGCUGGUUCACACUGGAUCACAGACGACUCAUGUACUUCAAAGAUCCACUGGAUGCGUUUGCUAAAGGUGAAGUGUUCUUAGGGAACGGGGACCUUGGCUACCUUGCGUUUGCUGGUUUGCCCUCUGGCAUCCACUGCAAUGGUAACUGGCAAUAUGGCAUCACAAUAAAAACACCUGAGCGCUGCUUCCUGUUUACCUGUGAGACAGAGGGCGACCAGCAGGAAUGGCUGAAACAUUUCAAUGAUGUCAUGAGUACUACGAUGUCCCCUCAGGAGUACACAAUUUUUUUUUUUUUU